CCAAAGCCAUUCCAGUCCUGAUUUCUGAAGCAACAGGGGAACAAUGGUGUUGUAGGCUAUAGGUGGAAACUGGAGGAGUUUCUUCUUCAUGUGCAAGAGGAAUCUCACACAGAAGAUGCUCCUCUUGGCAGUGCUGCAAACAAACCUACUGCUGGCCACUGUAGUCACAGGAUUAUCAGGCUCUUUGCCUCAGGAGUCAUCAGGUUCCCGUUGCAGCCUUUUUGGGAAUGAUCAUAUCAAAACUUUUGAUGGUUCUUUCUAUGAUUUUGCUGGGGACUGCAGCUACCUCCUUGCUGGGGACUGUCACAAGCACUCCUUCAUGCUCUUAGGUGAUUACCAGAAUGGGGAGAAAAUUGGCAUCUCUGUGUACCUCGGGGAAUAUUUCAAUAUCCGCUUCUCUUUAGAUGGAGCUGUGAUGCAGGAAGACAAAAGGGUUUCCAUACCUUUUGCCUCCAAUGGUAUAUUUAUAGAGAAGGAGGCAGGUUAUCAUAAAAUAUCCAGUGAUGAGCAUGGCUUUGUGGUGAAGAUUGAUAUCAGUGGAAACAUUCAGAUACUCCUUCAAGAAAAGCACUAUAAUAAGACCUGUGGGUUGUGUGGCAAUUUUAAUAAAUUCCUUGAAGAUGACUUCAGAACUCAGGAAGGGACCCUGGCGGGGAACAGUUAUGAUUUUGCAAACUCCUGGGCUUUGCACAGUGAAAACAAGCGCUGCAAGAGAGUGCAGACUCCAAGCAACACUUGCAACAUUUCAUCUGAUAUUGCAGAGAAGGGCAUCAUGGAAGCCUGCCAGCUGCUGAGAACAUCUUCCACCUUCUCCCGGUGCCACCAUCGAGUAGAUCCAGAACCCUACAUCAGUCUCUGUGAGAGAGACAUCUGUGCCUGCACCCACAUGGACUGUCACUGCCCAGCAUUCCUGGAUUACGCAAGGAGCUGUGCCCACGAAGGAGUGAUUUUGGAUGGGUGGCCUGAAGAGAGCUCAUGCAGGCCAAGAUGUCCAGUUGGCAUGGAGUAUAAAGAAUGUGUAUCCCCAUGUACCAAAACCUGCCAGAGCCUGAAUAUCAAUGAAGUGUGUCAUGGACAAUGUGUUGAUGGCUGCAGCUGCCCUGAGGGGCUGCUCCUUGAUGGUGAACACUGCAUUGAAAGCUCCGAGUGCUCCUGCAUCCACUCUGGAAAACAUUAUCCUCCUGGCUUCACCAUCUCCCAGGACUGCAACUCAUGCAUUUGUCGACGUGGCACCUGGCUCUGCAGCAAUGGGGAAUGCCCAGGAGAAUGCUCUGUCACUGGCCAGUCCCACUUCAAAAGCUUUGACAACAAGUAUUUCACCUUCAGCGGGAUUUGUCAGUACUUAUUUGCCAAGGAUUGCGUGGAAAAUUCCUUCUCUGUGAUCAUUGAGACGGUGCAGUGUGCAGAUGAUCCUGAUGCCGUGUGCACUCGCUCAGCUUCUGUCCGGAUCCGGGAUAUGGACAACAGCAUCAUUAAAAUGAAACAUGGUGGAGGAGUUUCACUGAAUGGACAAGACAUACAGAUCCCUUUGCUACAAGGUGCCCUCCGUAUCCAGCGUGUGGUGAGGACUUCAGUUCGCCUCUCCUAUGGGGAGCACCUGCAGAUUGACUGGGAUGGCCGUGGUGAACUCCUGGUGAAGCUGUCUCCAGUCUAUUCUGAAAGGAUGUGUGGCCUAUGUGGGAAUUACAAUGGAAACCAAGGGGAUGAUUUUCUUACACCUUCUGGCAUGGUGGAAUCUCUUCUGGAAGAUUUUGGAAACUCCUGGAAGCUCAAUGCAGACUGCCAAGACUUGUUAAAACAAGACAGUGACCCGUGCAACCUCAAUCCUCGUUUAGCCAAAUAUGCUGAGGACUCCUGCUCAAUUCUGAUGUCUCCUGCAUUUGAAACCUGUCACCAUGAAGUCAGUCCCACUCCCUACGUGAAGAACUGCCGCUUUGACGUUUGCUCCUGCUCCAGUGGCAAGGAUUGCCUGUGCUCUGCUAUUGCUAAUUAUGCAGCAGCCUGUGCCAGGAAGGGCAUCCUGGUCCAGUGGAGAGAACCUGACUUCUGCCCAAUGGCCUGUCCUGAAGGGCAGGUGUACCAGCAGUGCGGGACGCCGUGCAACCAGACCUGCCGCUCCCUGUCCUACCCGGAUGAGGACUGUGAGGAGCUCUGUGUGGAAGGCUGCUACUGUCCCCCUGGGCACUACCUGGACGAGCAUGAGCAGUGUGUGCCAAAGUCUCACUGCUCUUGUUACUAUGAUGGGGAGAUCUUCCAGCCAGAGGAUGUUUUUUCAGAUCAUUACACCAUGUGCUAUUGUGAAAAUGGCUUCAUGCACUGCAGUACAAACAGAGCUCCUGGUGCCUUCCUGCCUGAUGUUUUUGCUGAUGAGAGGCCAUCUGCCAGAAUAAAAAGGAGCCUCUUAUGCAGACCCCCCAUGGAAACGAUUUUGUGUCCUGCAAACAACCCAAGAGCAGAAGGAUUGGAGUGUGCCAAGACUUGCCAGAACUAUGACUUGGAGUGCAUCAGCCAUGGCUGCAUAUCUGGAUGUGCCUGUCCAAAAGGGAUGGUGCGACAUGAAAACAGGUGUGUUGCUCCUGAGAGAUGCCCGUGUUUCCACAAUGGAAGAGAAUAUGCCAAGGGAGAGACAGUGACUAAGGACUGCAACACCUGUGUGUGCCAGGGUCGGAAGUGGGAGUGCACCAAAAAUUUGUGUGAUGGCACCUGCACUGUUAUUGGCACAGCUCAUUACUUGACAUUUGAUGGACUGAAAUACAAGUUUCCAGGAAACUGUCUGUAUGUAUUAGUUCAGGAUUUCUGCAGGGAUGACUCUGGAACAUUCAGGAUACUAAUUGCAAAUGAAGGUUGUGGCUUCACUGGAGAAAAGUGCAGCAAAAGAGUUAUCCUUCUGUAUGGAGGAGGGGAAAUAGAGUUGUUUAAUGGAAAUGUGAACAUCAAGAUACCUCCUAAUGAUGAAAAUAAUUUAGAAGUCAUGAAGUCUGGCCGUUAUUACAUCAUUUUACUGGGCAAGAGCAUCAGUGUGACCUGGGAUCUGGCCAUGGGAGUCUCUGUUAUCUUAAAAGGCAAUUUCCAAGAUCAAGUGUGUGGUCUGUGUGGAAAUUUUGAUGGAAUCCAAAACAAUGAUUUGACCAGCAGCAGUGAACAUCUUGAAGUAGAUCCAGUUGACUUUGGGAAUUCUUGGAAAGUUAAUCCAUCCUGUGCUGAUGUUGAAAAGCCCAACCUGGAACAGACCUUGAUGUCUCCACUGUGUAAUGGAAACAUAGUGAAGCAGAUGAUGGUAGAAACAUCAUGCAGCAUUUUGUCUGGAGAUCUCUUCAAAGAAUGCAAAAAAUUUGUGAAUCCCGAGCCCUACAUAGACAUUUGCAUGUAUGACACUUGUGCUUGUGAAUCUAUUGGGGACUGUGCCUGUUUCUGUGACACCAUUGCAGCCUACGCUCAUGUCUGUGCACAGAAAGGGGUCGCUGUUCACUGGAGGUCACAGACCCUGUGCCCACAAAGCUGUGAGGACCUGAAUAAAAAUGAAUUAGACUAUCAGUGUGAAUGGAGAUAUAACAGCUGUGGGCCUGCUUGUCCUACAACGUGCCAACACCCACAGCCUUUGGAGUGUCCUCUGCAGUGUGUGGAAGGAUGCCAUGUACGCUGUCCUGCAGGGAAAAUACUUGAUGAACUGUCCCUGGAUUGUGUCAGUCCAGAAGACUGUCCCGUGUGUGCAGUUGGAGAUGACAAGAUCCCACAUGGAAGGAGAGUAGUUUUGAACAGAGAUGAUCUACAGCGCUGUCAAUCUUGUCUAUGUGAAGGGAAGAACUUAACCUGUGUAACCUGUGAGCCCGUGGAGAGCACCCUAACACUGACAACACCUAUUCCAGAGGAGGAUAUUGAGCGACCAGCCAGUGAAUACUCGUGCAGCAAGAUGAUGGACUUGGCCUUCCUAAUUGAUGGCUCCAAUAAACUGUCAGAGGAGGACUUUGAACAGCUGAAGUCUUUUGUAAUUGGUGUGAUGAAGAAACUCCACAUCUCCCAAAAGAAAAUCCGAGUGUCAGUUCUAGUGUAUAGGGGUGGUCCCACAAUCUAUCUUGGCCUUAAAGACAUUAAAACAAAUUCCCAGAUGAGAAAAAUUGUCCAAGGCAUAAAAUACACUGGUGAUAAAGAAGCAUCUGCCUCUGAAGUCCUUAAAUACACUGUGUUUCACGUGUUUGGAAAAGCAGAAAGGACCAAUGCUGCCAGAAUUGCAGUGCUAUUUAUAGCAAGCAAGUCUUCAGGAAAAGUCCGCGGCAUCCUCCAGCUAAUGAAGAACAGAGAUAUCGCAGUAAUACCUGUGGGGAUCGGGCCCCACAUCAAUGUGGAGCAAGUCAAGUUCAUUGAAAGGCAGUCACCACUUAAUAGAUCCUACCGAGUGAGCAAUGUUUUAGAACUAAUGGACAGGGGAGAUGAUCUCAUUGAUGGUCUCUGUGAACUGGGACCUGAAGAAAGUCCUCUGUUACUGGCUACAUCCGCUCCAACGAUGUCUGGUGUCCUACUUCCCCCUCUGGGAUCCACAGCCCCAUCACCCUCUUCAGCAAAGCCCCCUCCCCAAAAGCUGGAUAUUGCUUUUCUUGUGGAAGGCUCUGACAAUGUGGGGGAGGAAAAUUUCAAUAAAGUGAAGGAGUUCAUUGAGAAAGUGGUCACAGGAAUGAACGUGGGAUGGGACGAUAUUCAUGUUACAAUCAUGCAGUAUUCAGAGACUGUCACUCUGGAGUAUUCCUUUAGGGAAAUGCAGUCAAAGGAGGAUAUUAUUGAGAAGGUGAGGGGCAUACCCUUCCAAGGAGGGAAGGCUACCAACACUGGGAAUGCCCUCAAUUAUAUUUCCAAACACACAUUUACAACAGCGAAUGGGGGCAGGCAAGAUGUUCCUCGCUUGGUAUAUAUGGUGUCAUCCAGUCCUUCCACGGAUGUUAUCACACGACCCCCCAGGAGCAUAAAUGUUAUUCCCAUAGGCAUAACCCCUGGUGCAAAUAUCCAAGAGCUCAGAAGGAUCAGCCAACCUAAUAACCCAAUUAUCUUGAAUAGUUAUAACAGACUUAUUGAAGAAGCACCUGAAUUAGUGCUGCAGUCAUGCUGCUCUCACAGACGUUGGACCGAAAUUAUAGAGUUGUGCAACAAACCUAUGGAUGUCAUGUUUCUUCUGGAUGGCAGUUCCAAUAUUGGAGCAGCAGAGUUCGAGGAAAUGAAAAGCUUUGUGCGGGCAUUUACUGAAAGUGUCGUGAUCAGUGAUACUUCAAUUCAUGUGUCAGUUCUGCAAUAUGCCAGGGAAAAUAAUCUAGAAAUCUCGUGGAACGUGCCUCAAGAGACUGAAAGGCUUGUAGACAUGGUGCAGUCCAUUCAACAAAGGGAGCAAGGUCCCACCAGACUAGGAAAUGCCAUUGAUUUUGUAGUCCAGAAUGCAAUGUCAGAAUCCCACGGGGGCAGACCCAGCGCAUCAAAAGUUGCCAUAGUCAUCGUGUCGGGGAGGUCAGAAGACUCUGUGGAGGCUGCUGCUCUUUCUGCAAGACUCAACAGGGUAUCCCUUUUUCCAAUUGGUGUUGGGAACAGUUAUGAUGAAGAGCAACUAAGGACUUUGGCUGGACCAUCUGCUGCUACCAGAAUCAUGAAGCUCCAGAAUUUCGAAGAUUUAUCCACUAUGAUCACAUUGAAUAGCCAAUUUAUCAAAAAAGUGUGCAUGGACCCUGUCAGAGAAUGUAUGGAUGAGGAUGGAAACAAAAAAAAUCCUGGUGAUAAAUGGACAUUACCAGACCAGUGCCACACUGUAACAUGCUUUCCAGGAGAUUACACAGUUCUGGAGAGCCACCACAUUAACUGUGAGAGGAUGGCAAAGCCGGUGUGUCACAGCAACCUCCCUGCUGUGAAGGUUGAAGAAACGUGUGGCUGCCGCUGGAUGUGUCCGUGUGUCUGUAUGGGAAGUUCAUCUCGACACAUUGUCACCUUUGAUGGGCUGAAUUUUAAGCUGGCUGGCAAUUGCUCCUACACCUUGUUUCAAGACAUGCAACAUGAUGUUGAAGUUCUCCUCCAUGAAGGACCCUGCAGAGCAGCACCAAAGAUGAACUGCAUGGACUCCAUGGAAGUGAAACAUCGUGAUGUGUCUGUUCAGCUCUUCAGUAACAUGGCAGUGACUGUUAAUGGUGAAAGGGUUCGUAUCCCCUACUCUAACUCUUUGUUUGGAGUCACUGUCUAUGGAGCAGUAAUCCAUGAAAUCCAGUUCUUCCAUCUUGGACAUAAUCUCACAUUUACUCCAAUAAACAAUGAAUUUCUUCUUAAACUUAAUUCAAAGAGCUUUUCUUCAGGAACAAAAGGCCUUUGUGGGGUGUGUGACCAGAACCACGUCAACGACUUCACGUUACGCAAUGGCUCUGUCACUCCUGACAGCAGUGUGUUUAUCCAAGACUGGACAGUGGAAAAGCCAGGGAAAGUCUGUGAGAUCCGGAGGGAAGACAGGUGUUCUGAGCACGCCACGAGCCUCUGCCACCUCCUGCUCUCCGAUCGCUUUGUGGAGUGCCACAGGAUAAUCUCCCCCAACAUGUUCUACGAGGCCUGCAUGGAGAACAGCUGCUAUGAGGAUGAAGCCUGUGAGAUGAUAACUUCCUACGCUCACCUCUGCAGGGAGCACGACGUCUGCGUGCACUGGAGAACACCCGAGAUUUGUCCAAUGAAAUGUGCCACAUACUUGACAUAUGAUCACUGCCACGGAGCCUGCGUGAAGAGCUGUGAGAACAGUACCACAGUUAGUGUCUGCAAGGAUUAUCCCACAGAAGGCUGCUUCUGUCCAGAGGGACAGGUGAUUUUUGGUGACAGCUGUGUUAGUGAAGAAGUCUGCACACAGUGUGUCACUGAAGAUGGCACACGCCACCAGCACAUGGAAACAUGGAUUCCUGCUGAUGAGCCCUGCAUGAUCUGCACGUGUCUUGAUAACCAGAAAAUAAACUGCACGGUCCGACCUUGCCCAACUCUCAAACCUGCUCAGUGUGGUCCAUGUGAAAUCCCUCAUCUGCGCUGGGGCCCCGGCCAGUGCUGCCCCGAGUACGAGUGUGUCUGUGAUCUGGUUUCCUGUCAUUUGCCUCCUGCCCCUGUCUGUGAGUUUGGCCAGCAGAUUGCUCUGACCAACCCGGGAGAAUGCAGACCAAAUUAUACAUGUGCCUGCAACAGGGAAGCAUGCAGCUCAAUUCCAAGACCUUCCUGCCCACCGCAUCGGGAGCUGACUGUUACGAAGACCGAGUGCUGUGAUAAAUAUGAGUGUACCUGCAACUGUAGGAACUCAACAGUGAGCUGCCCUUUGGGAUAUCUCUCCACGUCUCUCACCAAUGACUGUGGCUGUGUAUCCACCACCUGCGUUCCAGACAGGGUGUGUGUGCACAACAACAUAAUCUACUCCGUUGGAACGACCUGGGAAGAUGGUUGCAGGGAAUGCUCUUGCACUGGUAUGAGGGAUGAUGUUACGGGACUUCAGAUGAUGGAAUGUCGUGACAAAGUGUGUAACACGUUCUGCUCUCGGGGAUACAAGUAUGUUGUCCCAGAAGGGGAGUGCUGUGGGAGGUGCCAGAAGGUUGCCUGUGAGGAGCCCCGGUUUCGGCCUCGGGGGGAUGCAGAUCCUCCUUUGUAUCAGGUCGGCUCAGAGUGGCGAUCCCCCUUCAACCGCUGCGUUAUCAACUCCUGUGUCCAGGUGAACAAUGAGGUUUUUGUGCAGGAAAAGAAUGUUUCUUGUGCUCAGAUGGAUGUGCCUGCCUGCCCAGAGGGAACUGAGCUGCAGUGCAACCAAAUAAUUGACUGCUGUCCUUCCUGCAGAUGUGUCCCCUUGAAUGGUUGUCCUUUGAAUGGCACUAUAAUUGGGGCUGGGAGGCGCCUGAUGGUGGAUCAGUGCACAACAUGUGACUGCUACUUCCAGCCAAUGCCUCGGAAAUACACUCUGAGGUGUACAAAAGUGAGCUGCCCACCAUGCCCAGGGAAUUACAGAAGGCAGGAUAUCCCUGGCUCUUGCUGUGGAAAAUGUGUGCCAACUUCUUGUACCAUCAGGGUGAAAGAUGGAAGGAUUCAAUAUCUUCAGCCAAAUGAAACCCUUCAGGAUGGCUGUGACAGUCACUCCUGCAGAGUCAAUGAGAAAGGGGAAUUUGUCUGGGAAAGGAGAAUCACGAGCUGUCCUCCAUUUGAUUCCAGAAGAUGCUUGGCUGAAGGAGGCAGAAUUGCAAAAAUUGGUAACACCUGCUGUGACACAUGUGUGGAAGUGGAAUGUCGGCCAGUAAGUACCAGACUGCAGUAUGGGAAUAUCAACGGAUGUGUGGCUGAAAGGGAAGUGCCCAUUUCUCAUUGUGAGGGCAAGUGCAGAAGCAACACCAGGUACUCUCUCGAGACAGAGAAAUGGGAAGACCUGUGCAGCUGCUGUAAGGCCACUCAAACCACCACAGUCACGAUCCCGUUCCGAUGUGCCAACGGGUCAGUGGUGCAGCACUACAUCCCUUCUGCCUCCCAGUGUGAAUGCUACUCUCGGAAGUGUACAGAAUGAGUCUUUCCCAGAAGCCUAGUUGUUUAAUCUGAAGUUUUAUCAUGAAGGAACUUCACAGUGCAAGCCUCAUUUUCUCUGUAGACUGUCUUAUCCUGUAGAAUCCUGACUAACUAAUUGUAUCAACACAGCAAACAAUAAAACUUACUAGCACAACAGA